AUGGAACAUUCUGUCUUUCCUUCUUUUCGCUCGACGUCACUUCCUGCUCCCAUUCCUCAAUCCAUCGCAAGUCCGUUUGAUCUCACACACCCUCGGCGUGAGUCGGGCCACAUCGUGAACCACGGCCCCAUCACUCCUCCUAUGUCUCCCGCUCGUAGUGAAGAAGGAAAUGGCACUAUCUUCGUGGAUCCAGAGCCCCGCUACAGCAGCGAAGGCCGUCCGUGUUCAUCAGAUGUCCUGCCUCACUCACAUCCGCGGAGGGGUGGCCCUGAGGAGGCCAUGGAUGUAGACCCUACGCUUAGCCCCGAUUCCCCGCGACCACCCCUUCGACACUUGGAGGACGAGCAGUCUCACCUUGAAAAGAAAGGUACACUGAAGCUCACAGAUUUUGAAGUCAGGGGCACUUUAGGUACAGGGACUUUUAGUCGCGUUCUUCUGGUCCGACUGCGCAACGCUGCGGCGUCCCCGUCAAGCCUGAACGCUUUCGCGCUGAAGGUCUUACGAAAAUCAGAAAUUGUUCGUUUGCGGCAAGUAGAACAUGUAAACGCCGAACGUUAUAUCCUAUCACGCGUUCGCCACCCUUUCAUCGUAGACUGCUACGCUACGUUCCAAGACAGCCUCAAUAUUUACAUGCUCCUGUCUUACGUCCCUGGGGGAGAACUCUUCACCCACCUGCGCAGAGCACGGCGUUUCACUCCUGACGUCACAAGAUUCUACCUGGCCACGAUCAUCCUCGCCCUCAAAUAUUUGCACACCUUCAAUAUUAUCUACCGUGACCUCAAACCCGAGAAUCUUCUGCUUGAUUCGCGUGGCUAUCUACGUCUAACGGACUUCGGCUUCGCGAAGAUCGUGGAUGAUCGCACAUGGACACUUUGUGGCACCCCGGAAUAUCUGGCGCCCGAGAUUAUCCAGUCGGAUGGCCACGGAAAGGCGGCGGACUGGUGGGCCUGCGGCAUCCUGUGCUACGAAAUGCUAGUCGGGUACCCUCCAUUCUUUGAUGAAUCCCCAUAUGGGAUCUACGAAAAGAUUUUGAAGGGGAAGAUCUACUGGCCUAGGGAGAUGGACAGGCUAUCGAGGGAUCUCAUCAAAGCUUUCUUACACCCAGACCGUACCAAGCGGUUGGGAAACCUCAUAGGAGGGCCACAGGAUGUAUUAGAACACCCUUGGUUCCGCGGCGUGGAUUGGGACGCCUUGGAGCGGCGAGAAAUUAGGGCACCUAUCAUUCCGCAGGUUGCAGCUGUGGACGACACACGUCACUUCUCCCAUCUUCCACUGCCUCCCGCCGAAGAAAUACCCGGUCUCAUCAAGGAAGAACUUCCACCACCUCUUCAUCGCAGAUUUGAUCCGACCGAAUAUCAAUUUUUGGAGUUUUGA